GGCACAGAAGAUACUAGCUUUCCGUUUUGGUAAUACAUAACUUGGUUAAGUGCUGAAAGGUUAACUCAGCCCGUGCAGCUCUGGUCAGUGAAUUUUGUUCCGUUUCCUGUGGGCCUAUGCUAUUAGAAUUAAGGUUAUUACCAAAGUGAUUGGUUCAGCACUUUUGCUUAUUAUGCCAAGUAAUGCCCAGAGCAGCCCCAAUACAGUUGCGUCGUUGUUAUCCUCAUGGGACAAGGAAGGAAACGGACUUUUAGGGGGGCUGGGUGCCCGCGGUGUAGUCUCUUUCCUGGACAGCGCGAGAGAGAACAAUGCAGAAGGACUCCGGCCCACUGUAGCGUCCCAUCCCUGGCUGCUGGGCUCCUCUUCGGUGGCUUAGCAGGCCUGGGUGCUUAUCAGCUGUCUCAGGAUCCAAGGAACAUUUGGGUUUUCCUAGUUACAUCUGGAACCUUAGCUGGCAUUAUGGGAAUGAGAUUCUACCACUCUGGAAAAUUUAUGCCUGCGGGCUUAAUUGCAGGUGCCAGUUUGCUGAUGGUCGCCAAACUUGGAAUUAGUGUGUUCAGCAAACCCCAUUAGUCAUAGUCAUGUCCCAGCUUGGACUCAAGAAGAAUUUAAGAACUUCCACUAUUUUUAGUCUAUUAGGAGAAAUAAAUGCAGCAUUUUCACAUAUACUGACAUUUUACUUAAAAAAAAAAAAAAGAUACUGACUCUGCAGGGGAAAAUAUUAGUCAUUAUUAUUACAGUCCUAGAGAGGUGGGUAUCCUACAACAUAAAUGCUUAUUGUUAUAAUACCCUCAUAUAAUUUGAUUCUUGUAUGUUGACAUUAUUUCUUCUUUUUGUAUUUUUACAUAAAUCUCAAGGGGUAAAUGUUAAGUGUCAACAUUGGGACCCUGAAACCCCAUACCCUACCUAGAGAAACUGUGUAUCUGUUCUUUUGUUCAUCUUAGAGCACAGACCUAACUUUGAAAUUACGUUAAAUGAAAUAUCAGUGAAAAUAAAAUUUACUAUAAAUAAUA